AUGUGCACAGACCAUGUGCACCAUGCACCAACAUUGUCAAUAAUAGUUAAUAAAAAUGCACACAAACCAUGUAUAUGGUACCUCAACAUUGUCAACAACAACCAAGUAAAUAGUACAUCAACAUUAUCAAGAACCAUUUACAUCACUUGGAUUUUUUUCUUAUUUUUUCUGGCUAUAUUUGCAUUAAUUACCAUAUUAGGAAAUAUGCACAGACCAUGCAUAUAG